AUGGCCACUAAACGUGCAUUAUGCGAAAUACCAUCAUCUAUGGCGCAAGCGCAGAAGCGCCACCGCACCCCACCACCAUCUCAUGGCGAAGACAACGAGCAUGUUUUUGAAACGGCCGAUCCAAUCCUGGAGAACAUUAGCACAGAGCUGGCUCUGGUCCGAAACAUCAUAGCAUCUCUCAACCUGCUGGUUGAAGCGGAGAAGACGAAUUUGAGAGAAGUGGCAAUGACCAUUACCGACCUUCAAGUUCAUGUCGCCAAGCAUGAACGCAUUGAACGGGACUAUGGUUGGGAGGAAAAGCUGAAAGCGCAAAAGGCUGAGUACGACUGUAAAGUGCAAGAUCUUCGAGAGUCGCACUAUUCGAAGCAGGACCUGAAAGAUCAGCAAUGUAAAGCCAAAAUCGAACAACUGAAGAACAAGCACGAAUAUGCUCUCAUCUCCAAAGAACAAAGCUGGACGGAGAAGAACGAAGCCGUCAAGAAGGCUACGACUGCCUCGCUCGCCGAGAAGGAGCAAAUCUACAGGGACAAGCUGGAGAGCUUCAAAGACAAGACCAAUCAAUCCCAGGUGGCCAAAGGUGACAACUGGAGAAAGCAGUUGAAUGAGCUACGGGCAAGUCACAAGGAGCAGCUGACCAAACUUCGUGCCAAUCUGAGAUGGUGGAGGCUGCUCAGAAGGUCGUCGAGUUGA